GACGUUUUCCACGAGGACUCCCAACUCUAGCCACCCGCACGCGCAACGCACUGGAUCUUUGUUUGCUGUCAUCACGUCAGGCCCGUUUCGCUCUCGAACCUCUGCAUCAAACCCCGGGCGCUGAGGUCAGUGCACACACAAGCAGGCAGGCAGGCUCGAGCACAGCAGCAUUCCAUCCAUCCAGCCACUCUGUGUGUGUGUGUGUGCGUGUGUGUGCAGGCACGCGGACAGACAGGCAGAUGGCGCAUCGUUCCUCUGCGAUGAAGCUGGCACGCGCCCUCCUCACACUGGCAGUGGCGCUCUCAUCCGCCGCCGCAGUGGCCAAUGCGUUUCUCCUCAGGCCGUCGUCGCAAGUGGUGCACAGGUGGGUGGCCCACACAGAGCGAGAAAGACUCCACACCGACUCACCGAAUCCCACCUCUCUCUGUGUGUGUGUGUGUGUGUGUGUGUGGUGCCGGGUGGCUGGCAGGUUAUCACCUGGUGCGGCAGCUCCGGGCAUUAAGGCCAAUCGGAAUGUUGUCCGGAUGCAGCAGCAGCCGGGAGAGGGAGGGGGGGAGAAGCCCUUCUAUCGCUACACGGCCAAGGUCGGUCUGUCUGUACUAACCACUUCAUCAUCUUGAUGGGUGGAUGGAUGUGUGUGUCUGUGUGUUGGGCAGGACAUCGAUGGCAAUGACGUCGACAUGGCUCAGUUCAGGGGCAAGCCCGUCAUGGUCGUCAAUGUCGCCAGCAGGUCGGCCGGCCUCUCUCUCCAUGUCGGCCUCUGGGCGGAUGCGUGUGUGUGUAUGUGUGUGUGUGUGUGUGUGUGCAGGUGUGGCUUCACCAAGGCCAACUAGUGAGUGUAGUGGGUGUGAGGCGGGGAGGGCCACGCACUUCUAUGUGUUGUGCCUGCUUCAGCAACGACAUGAGCGGCAUGAAAUCACUUGUGGACGAGGGCUUCGAGAUCCUGGCGUUCCCUUGCUCGCAGUUUGGGAACCAGGUAGGCAGCAAACACACACACACACACACACACAUAGACAUAUAUAUGCACACAGACGCGCAGGCCCUUUAAUCCGAGAUGUGUGUGUGUGUAGGAGCCACUCCCGAACGACCAGAUCAAAGUGUGGGUGAGUAUCCCUCUCCCUCUCUCUCUCUCCCUCUCUGCUCAUUGUCUGCCUGCCUGCCUGCCUGUCUGUCUGUGUGUGUCUGUGUGUCUGUCUGUGCAGGUGCAGAAUAAGUACCCAACCUUCCCAGGCCGCUUAAUGUCCAAAAUCGGUCGGUAACCACGCACCCACGCAGCCAUCCAUCCAUCCAGCCAUCCAUCCAUCCAUCCAUGUGUGUGUGUGUGUGUGUGUGUGUGAAGAUGUCAACGGCAAGAAUGCUCACCCCCUGUUUGAGUACCUCAAGGACAACCUCCCGUCAGGAUCGGCGUCACCCUUGUCAGUCAGACACACGCACACAGACAGACAGACAGACAGACAGAGACGGAGACAGAGAGAGAGAGAGACCGACCUAUUGCGCAGCCAUGUGUGUGUCUACUCUCUCUGUGUGGGGUGCCUGUGUGUCUGUGUGGUGUGUGUUCACCGCAGCAACCCCCUGCUAAGUUUCGUCACGGGGAAGGGCCCCAACGACAUCCAGUGGAACUUCGUGAGCACUCACACCGACACCACCACCCACACCCACCCACCCACCCACACCGCCCCCUGCGUGUGAGCAUCUCAUCUGCUCUCCCUCCCUCCCUCCCUCCCUGUGUGUGUCGAUCAGGAGAAGUUCCUGAUCGACCGCAAUGGCAACCUCAUCAGCCGCCACCCCUCAUGUGCUUACUUCAGGAAAGACAGACAGAAAUGCAUUGUGUCUGUGCGCACCUAUCGCCCAAAAACGACACAAACAACAGCAACCUCUCUCUCUCUGUCUCUCCAUGGACAGUCAAGGCCCCCAACGACCUCAUUCCUGACAUCAGACGCCUCCUCGCCCAGCCACCACCACCACCGCCACCACAGCAACAAUCGGGAGACAGUCCUGUGACCACACCGACGGAGAGACAGGCGGCCGCAUAGACACACAAAGAGAGAGAGAUGGUGAGAGAAUACACACACGCACGCAGACACAGAGAGGGAGGGAGGGAUUGUUUGUGCAUGUGUCUGUGUGUUUAGGCGGUUUGUGUGCCGAUUGUCAGAAGGAAAGGACUGAGUGGAGAGUGAGUGAGUGGGGUGGGGGGUGGGGGACUUUCCAGCCGCCGCAGCAGCCGCCGAACCGAACGAGAGAAGAAAUGCCUGCCUUUGUAAACUGAGUGCGACCGCAC